UCUGUGUAGUGAGACCUUAUAUAAAUUAAUAAAAAUUGAUGUUAUUACAAAUAUUUAUUAUACAUAUAUUUAUGUUUAAAAUUUAUAAAAAUAAUAACUCAAUAAUUACGCGUUAUUACUAAAUAAUUAAGAAACUCCUUUGAUUCGUUUGAAUACUAAACUAAGGAGAGAGCUAAAAAAUGUGCAAAGCUGCAAGUAGAAACUGAGAAAUGGCUGACGAUUUGGAAGAAGAGUGGUGGCUUGAAGACAAACAGCUAGAUGAUAAUGCAGAGGGUCUUGAAACUACAAAUGGGAUAAAAUUAAAAAAGAAAAAAGAUGUAAAAAAAAAGAAGAAGCAAGAUGAUAUAAAGUCAAAGAAGACUCAGAAAAUUAAAAGUAAAUCUCUGACAAAAAAUGAAAAUAGUUCCAUCAAUUCCACUAAACCAAAGUUGAAAAGAAAAGCUGAAGACAUAGAUUUUGAAGAUGAUGAAGACAAAAGUGAAAAGAAACCUGUAAAGAAAAAGAAGAACAUCAGAAAAAGAAAAAAAAUAUCGGAGGAAUUACUCACCAACAAGCCAGUGCCAGGGAAAGCAGAAGAUUUCAUAAGCAUAAUAAAGAAAACAUAUGAAGGAAAACUAUCUACAGUUGAAUGGGAUGAGCUUGAAAUUAAUGACAAGCAUUUCCUUGAGUGCAAUGAAGUCAUUGAUGUUAGUGCGGUGCAGUACUUUGAGAAAAUAUUGCCAACAUGGCGGAAGCUGAUCAAAGCAAGUGACAUGGUUACAGGGUCCCCUCUCCUGUUGGUUAUUACAAGUUCAGGAGCUAGAGCUGUGGAACUGAACAGGGAAAUUAAGAAAUUCAAGGGUAAAAAAUGCCAGUGUGCCAAAUUGUUUGCAAAACAUUUUAAGAUUCAAGAUCAACAAAAAUUCCUGAAAACUAAAAUCUGCCAUAUUGGAGUUGGGACUCCUCAGAGGAUUCAAAAGUUGAUUGAGCUAGGUUGUCUGAAGCUGAAUAACCUGGUUGCUAUAGUGAUAGAUUGGAACUGGCGAGAUAUCAAAUUCAAGAGACUAGUGGACAUUCCAGAAAUCAAGAAAUACUUGUUAGAACUCUUUAAAGACAGUCUGUCUGCACAUGUUCAAUCUAGUGCAUGUAAAAUUGGAUUGUUAUGACAAGAUAUGCUUCAGAAUAU